CUAGGAUUGCAGGAGUGUACCACCAUGCCUGGCUCAUUUUUUUCUUCUAAUUAGUGGGUUGGCCAGCAGAGGCAGGUAGCUGAAGAAUGUGUAUAAGAAGGGUAGUUGGUCCCUGGAUUGUGUUUGUGGUGGAUGUUCUGUCAGCAUAUGCCUUUUGUUGCCAUCUUGUCUUCGUACCUCAUGAGCAUUUUACUUACGAGGACAUGAGCCAGCUCAUCUGCUUUGUGACCUGGAAACCUGGAGAGAGAAUCUCUGGGAGUCUGGUCAUGUAAAAAAGUUUCCAGUCUUCCUCUUUCAAGCGUUGGUUACCCUGCAGAGGCUGAGGAACAUUGCUGGAGUGAGAGCUUCAUGAUCUUUGGGCCAUAGCGCUUUUUAAAAAGGGAAUAGUCUGCUUUUCAGUGAGUCUGUGCUCCAUUGUGUGGAACGAACUGAUUUCUCAGCUUACACUUGGUCAGUAGCAGGAUCCAAACCCUCAGCUAUAAGGCUUCUCAGGGCGCAAUAGGGUGUCUUCCCUGAGGAUGUCCAUGCCAUCUUAAACUGGCCAAAAAACACCUUUUCUGGCUGUGCCUGGUGGGCCUCUGGAUCAAACCACUUUCGUGGCUUUUAUGUCAGUGCCAAGUGGCUGUCUCUGAAGCCAGCCACAGUGUCCACAGCAGCCUCCAGAGCUGGACAUAAUAGCCUGACCGGAGCAAGGCCGUGCAUUCAAGCAUACUCUCACUGCACCAGAGCCUUGCACUUGGGACACUGUGUAGCCCAGGUGGCCUCAAACUUGCAGUGACCUUCCUGCUUCAGCCUCCCACUGUAUGCUUGAUAUUUUUCUACAUUUUAUUUUCAACUAUAUCAGCAUUAUCUGGUGAGUCUUAUAAACAGUGUGUACUUGGGUAGUGUUUUAAAUUUUAUUUUGGAUGUCUUUUCAUUGUUAUAUUUAGAACAUUUAAAUUUUAUUUAGUUUACUGGUACUGAGGACAGAACCCAAGGAGCACCGAGCUGCAUCCUCAGCCCUUAUUUUGAGACAAGAUCUUGAGGCUGAACAGGCCGGACCACUUGGUGGACCCUGCCCAUCUUGUCCCACGUGACCCCAACGUGUGCCGGGAAACUAAACUCAUCCUCCAACCUGAGAAAAACUAUCUGCAUCCGGCAUGGUGGGCACGCCUGUAACCCUGGCAACCUGGCCAGGCUGAGGCAGGACGAAACAGGCGGCGACGGCGCGGUCUCGAGCGGAUGGAGGCCGGCUCGCCCUCGCCUCUCCCCCGGAGCAUCCCGCAGGCUGCUCACCACGCGCAGCCCGGGCUACCCGCCAGGAGGCCCCUCACCGUCGACGACUUCGACAUUGGGUGUCCUCUGGGCAAGGGGAAGUUCGGGAGUGUGUACCUGGCCCGGCUCAGGGAAAGCCAUUUCAUCGUGGCCCUGAAGGUCCUCUUCAAGUCCCAGAUAGAGAAGGAGGGAGUGGAGCACCAGCUGCGCAGGGAAGUGGAGAUCCAGGCGCAUCUGCAUCACCCCAAUAUCUUGCGCCUCUACAACUACUUCCAUGACGCCCGCCGGGUUUACCUGAUCCUGGAAUACGCUCCGCGGGGUGAGCUCUACAAGGAGCUGCUCAGAAGCCACACCUUGGACGAGCAGCGCACAGCCACGAUAAUAGAGGAACUGGCAGAUGCCCUGGCCUACUGCCAUGCCAAGAAGGUGAUCCACAGGGACAUCAAGCCGGAGAAUCUGCUGCUCGGGUUCAGGGGUGAGGUGAAGAUUGCAGACUUCGGCUGGUCCGUGCACACCCCGUCACUGAGGAGGAAGACGAUGUGUGGGACUCUGGACUACCUGCCGCCGGAGAUGAUCGAGGGGAGGACGUACGACGAGAAGGUGGACCUGUGGUGCGUUGGGGUGCUCUGCUACGAGCUGCUGGUGGGAAGCCCGCCCUUCGAGAGCACCUCUCACAGCGAGACCUACAGGCGCAUCCUCAAGGUGGACGUGAGGUUUCCCCCGUCGAUGCCCGUGGGGGCCCAGGACCUGAUCUCCAGGCUUCUGAGAUUCCAGCCUGGGGAGCGGCUGCCCCUGAGCCAGAUCCUGGUGCACCCCUGGGUCAAGGACCACUCCCGGAGGGUGCUGCCCCCCUGCGCUCAGGCGGCGCCCUGACACCCGCUGCCUCUGUCCCUGUGUGUGUGCAGAGAGCUCUCUCGCUCUGCUGCCUCAUCUGUGCUGUGUUCCUUUUAAGAUGGGAGAUGUUAAUAAAAUCGAAUCGUUUA